AUCAACAACCACUGAAAAACCAACAACCGCAACAGCCCUAUCGACAACAUCCACAACCACUGAAAAACCAACACCCACGUUGACAACCACAACAACCCAAACAUCGACAACCACAACAACCCAAAUGUCAAUGUCAACAUCCACAACCACUGAAAAACCAAGCACAACGACCACAACAUCCACAACCACUGAAAAACCAACAAGUGCAACAAUCCCAUCAACUUCCACAACCACUGAAAAACCAACACCCACAUCGACAACUUCAACCCCAACAACAUCGACAAUAUUCACAACUGAAAAAGCAACAUCCACAACCACUCCAACAACAUCAGUGACAUCAACAACCACUGAAAAGCCAACAACAACCACAACAACCCAAACAAUAUCAACAUCCACAACCACUGAAAAACCAACAACCACAUCGACAACAUCCACAACCACUGAAAAACCAACGACACCCACAACAACCCAAACAUCAAUGACAACAUCAACAACCACUGAAAAACCAACAACACCCACGUCGACAACCACAACAAUCCCAACAUCGACAACCACAACAACCCAAACGUCAAUGUCAACAUCCACAACCACUGAAAAACCAAGCACAACGACCACAACAUCCACAACCACUGAAAAACCAACAAGCGCAACAAUCCUAUCAACUUCCACAACCACUGAAAAACCAACACCCACAUCGACAACUUCAACCGCAACAUCGACAAUAUUCACAACUGAAAAACCAACAUCCACAACCACUCCAACAUCAGUGACAUCAACAACCACUGAAAAGCCAACAACACCCACAUCAACAACCACGACAACCCAAACAAUGUCAAUAACAACAUCCACAACCACUGAAAAACCAACAACCGCAACAUCGACAACAUCCACAACCACUGAAAAACCAACGACACCCACAAUAACCCAAACAUCAAUGACAACAUCAACAACCACUGAAAAACCAACAACACCCACAUCGACAACCACAACAACCCCAACAUCGACAACCACGACAACCCAAACAUCAAUGUCAACAUCCACAACAACUGAAAAACCAACAACCACAUCGGCAACAUCAACAACUACUGAAAAACCAACAACCGCAACAUCGACACCAUCCACAACCACUGAAAAACCAACGGCACCCACAACAACCCCAACAUCAAUGACAACAUCAACAACCACUGAAAAACCAACAACGGCAACAGCCCUAUCGACAACAUCCACAACCACUGAAAAACCAACAACACCCACGUCGACAACCACAACCCCAACAUUGACAACCACAACAACCCAAACGUCAAUGUCAACAUCCACAACCACUGAAAAACCAAGCACAACGACCACAACAUCCACAACCACUGAAAAACCAACAACUGCAACAGCCCUAUCGACAACAUCCACAACCAUUGAAAAAUCAACAACACCCACAUCGACAACCACAACAACCCCAACAUCGACAACCACAACAACCCAAACGUCAAUGUCAACAUUCACAACCACUGAAAAGCCAACAACACCCACAUCAACAACCACGACAACCCAAACAAUGUCAAUAUCAACAUCCACAACCACUGAAAAACCAACAACCACAUCGGCAACAUCGACAACCACUGAAAAACCAACAACCGCAACAUCGACAUCAACAACCACUGAAAAACCAACAACACCCACGUCGACAACCACAACAACCCCAACAUCGACAACCACAACAACCCAAACAUCAAUGUCAGCAUCCACAACCACUGAAAAACCAAGCACAACGACCACAACAUCCACAACCACUGAAAAACCAACAAGCGCAACAAUCCUAUCAACUUCCACAACCACUGAAAAACCAACACCCACAUCGACAACUUCAACCCCAACAACAUCAACAAUAUUCACAACUGAAAAACCAACAUCCACAACCACUCCAACAACAUCAGUGACAUCAACAACCACUGAAAAGCCAACAACACCCACAUCAACAACCACGACAACCCAAACAAUGUCAAUAACAACAUCCACAACCACUGAAAAACCAACAACCGCAACAUCGACAAAAUCCACAACCACUGAAAAACCAACGACACCCACAAUAACCCAAACAUCAAUGACAACAUCAACAACCACUGAAAAACCAACAACACCCACGUCGACAACCACAACAACCCCAACAUCGACAACCACGACAACCCAAACAUCAAUGUCAACAUCCACAACAACUGAAAAACCAACAACCACAUCGGCAACAUCAACAACUACUGAAAAACCAACAACCGCAACAUCGACACCAUCCACAACCACUGAAAAACCAACGGCACCCACAACAACCCCAACAUCAAUGACAACAUCAACAACCACUGAAAAACCAACAACACCCAUGUCGACAACCACAAUGACCCCAACAUCGACAACCACAACAACCCAAACAUCAAUGUCAACAUCCACAACCACUGAAAAACCAAGCACAACGACCACAACAUCCACAACCACUGAAAAACCAACAAUGGCAACAGCCCUAUCGACAACAUCCACAACCACUGAAAAACCAACAACACCCACGUCGACAACCACAACAACCCAAACGUCAAUGUCAAAAUCCACAACCACUGAAAAACCAAGCACAACGACCACAACAUCCACAACCACUGAAAAACCAACAACUGCAACAGCCCUAUCGACAACAUCCACAACCACUGAAAAACCAACAACACCCACAUCGACAACCACAACAACCCCAACAUCGACAACCACAACAACCCAAACGUCAAUGUCAACAUCCACAACCACUGAAAAGCCAACAACACCCACAUCAACAACCACGACAACCCAAACAAUGUCAAUAUCAACAUCCACAACCACUGAAAAACCAACAACCACAUCGGCAACAUCGACAACCACUGAAAAACCAACAACCGCAACAUCGACAUCAACAACCACUGAAAAACCAACAACACCCACGUCGACAACCACAACAACCCCAACAUCGACAACCACAACAACCCAAACGUCAAUGUCAGCAUCCACAACCACUGAAAAACCAACAACACCCACGUCGACAACCACAACAAUCCCAACAUCGACAACCACAACAACCCAAACGUCAAUGUCAACAUCCACAACCACUGAAAAGCCAACAACACCCACAUCAACAACCACGACAACCCAAACGUCAAUGUCAACAUCCACAACCACUGAAAAGCCAACAACACCCACAUCAACAACCACGACAACCCAAACAUCAAUGUCAACAUCCACAACCACUGAAAAACCAAGCACAACGACCACAACAUCCACAACCACUGAAAAACCAACAACUGCAACAGCCCUAUCGACAACAUCCACAACCACUGAAAAACCAACAACACCCAUGUCAACAACCACAACAACCCCAACAUCAACAACCACAACAACCCAAACGUCAAUGUCAACAUCCACAACCACUGAAAAGCCAACAACACCCACGUCGACAACCACAACAACCCCAACGUCAAUGUCAACAUCCACAACCACUGAAAAACCAAGCACAACGACCACAACAUCCACAACCACUGAAAAACCAACAACUGCAACAGCACUAUCGACAACAUCCACAACCACUGAAAAACCAACAACACCCACAUCAACAACCACAACAACCCCAACGUCAAUGUCAACAUCCACAACCACUGAAAAACCAAGCACAACGACCACAACAUCCACAACCACUGAAAAACCAACAACUGCAACAGCCCAUUCGACAACAUCCACAACCACUGAAAAACCAACAACACCCACGUCGACAUCCACAACAACCCCAACGUCAAUGUCAACAUCCACAACCACUGAAAAACCAAGCACAAUGACCACAACAUCCACAACCACUGAAAAACCAACUGCAACAGCCCUAUCGACAACAUCCACAACCACUGAAAAACCAACAACACCCACAUCAACAACCACAACAACCCCAACAUCGACAACCACAACCCAAACGUCAAUGUCAACAUCCACAACCACUGAAAAACCAACAACACCCACAUCGACAACCACAACAACCCCAACAUCGACAACCACAACCCAAACGUCAAUGUCAACAUCCACAACCACUGAAAAGCCAUCAACAACCACGACAACCCAAACAAUGUCAAUAUCAACAUCCACAACCACUGAAAAACCAACAACCACAUCGGCAACAUCGACAACCACUGAAAAACCAACAACCGCAACAUCGACAACAUCAACAACCACUGAAAAACCAACAACACCCACAUCGACCACCACAACAACCCCAACAUCAACAACAAUAAAACCAGCCCCAACAGCAAACAUAGCAACGACUACCACAACGACCCCAACAACGGCAACAUCAACAACCCCAACAACGACGUCAACAUCCACAAUGACCCCAACAACGACAUCAACAUCCACAGUGACCCCAACAUCAACAACCACCAUCAGACCUGCCCCAACAACACACACAGCGACAACCACAAUGACCCCAACACUAACAACAAUGACCACUAACAAGCCAGUCCCAAUAGCAAACAUAGCAACGACUACCACAACGACCCCAACAAUGUCAACAUCAAGAACCACUAUCAAACCAGCCCCAACCACACAGAAAGAGACUAAAAGCACAACGACAAUAACCGAAACAACGUCAACAUCCACAACGACCCCAACAUCAACAACCACCAUCAAACCUGCCCCGAAACACACAGCGAUAACCACAACGACCCCAACAUCAACGACGACCAUCAAACCUGCCCCAACAGCAAGCAAAGUCACAACUACCACAACGACCCCAACAAUGUCAACAUCAACAACUACCAUCAAACCAGCCCCAAGCACACACAAAGAGUCUACUAGCACAACAACCACAAUAACCCCAACAUCAACAACCACUAUCAAACCAGCCCCAACAGCAACCAAAGCGAUGACUUCCACAAGGACCCCAACAACAUCAACAACCACCAUCAACCCAACCGCAACACACAGAACAACAACCACAAUAACCCCAAAAACGUCAACAUCAACAACCACAACGACCCCAACAAUGACAUCAACAUCCACAAGGACCCCAACAUCAACAAUCACCAUCAAACCAGCCCUAGCAGCAAACAAAGUGACAACAACCAGAACGACUCCAACAAAAAGAUCAACAACCACCAUUACCCCAACAAAGACAACCAGAACGACUCCAACAACGAAGUCAACAAGACAAUCAACAACCUCCACUGUCAAACCAGCAAACACCUCUGCAGGACUACAAGUUCCCGCUCAGUCUGUCAUGCUGACUUUAGCUCUAUUUCUAUCUUUUCAUGGACUCAGUUUUUGAUAAAUCUUCCUUUGCAUGUGUCAAAGCUGAUAUAAUUAUGUGUUACAUGUAUGAAAUCACCUAAAUCUUUAUAUAUCACUUUUUUUAAUAAUGCGUGCAUCUGCUUAGUAUAAUAGGGUAGUAUUUUUUGUAGAAGUAUAGCAUAAUAGUAUCUUAUUGCUAAUGUUCUCCCCAUAGUGCCCUUUGAUGGACUGUCAUCCCAUUCUCUGUGUGUCUUGUGCUUCCUGGGAUAGUUUCCGGGCCCAGUUACAAUGUUUUAUUAUGUAGUUGCAAACAUGUAAAUUUGUACUGCUGUGUAAAUUCUUUAUUUUCAUUAAAGGCACAAUUGAAUC